AUGUCACAUACUUUUUCUAACUUUCUAGCUUACCCGGUUCACCUAUCCAACUAUCAUGCCUUAAAGCAGACCAGGGCCAGUGAAGCAAGUUGCUGGAGAAGGAGAGGCAGAGAGCGGCAGAGAAUACACAAGAGUAUUUGGCAGCUAAGGAGAAAGCAGAUACUCUGGAAGGUCGAGCAAACCAGCCUGAAGUGGAAAUCAGGGAACUGCAGAGAAAACAUAAGCAAGUGUUGCAAAAAGUACUACUCCACAACGAGCUUAUUCAAAAGCAACAACAAUAUCUGCAACAUCCAGGACGGGAAGGACGGAGAUCGCGUCUCUCAACUGAGGAAAAGAGCGAUGGUGUUAUGCUACCAAUUGUGGUGCGGAGAAGCUGAGAAGUACCCUGAUCGGCGUCAUAGUUAUGUUUCAGGAAUAUUUUUGUCUCUUCUGAGUGUUGAAGAAGAGCGCAGAAGUAGCUUCUCAGAAGAGAAAGUUCCCACCACAAUCAAGAAAACCAAAACUGUAAGAACUGGGAGCAGCAGGCUCGCCAACUAUGAGAAUCCUAGGAUCAUUGAUGUCCAAAACUACAGGUACCAAGAGAUUGUUCCUCUUAAUGCUGGUAACGUCCUUGGAGCUGAAGACAACGGACCAGUUCAGAAAUGGCUCUCUCUCAUCUGCAAAACACUCAGUAACAGACCAGGAGCUAGCGGAGCCAGCGGUGGUUACCACACGCCUUCCCCUAUCACUGUCCCUAUGGCAGAGCUUGACGCUGAUUUCUCUGGCUCCACAAGACAAAAGAACUCUACCUUCUUCCACAGACGCUCUUUUCAGACACCGAGUUGUACACGGAACGAUCCUUCCAUCCCUCAGCCAGGUCGUUUCAGCGUCUGUGACCGUGUCUUCUUCACCCAAAGACCAAGUGGUUUUGACCCCAUCUUCCGUGGUAGCAGUAGUCACAAGGAGAGAAAAAACAAAUACAAAAUAGAAGACAUUGACUCUUAA